GGGGUUGGUUGGGUUUUUUUCCUGUUCUUCUUUGUGCUACAACAUAAUUGUUUCCUUUAUAUUUUUUCUUUAAAAAAAAUAAUUGACUUGACAACAUAUAACCAUGACUAGAAAGUAAAAUAAUAAUUCGAAUGUGCAUAAAUUAUCUCUAAUCCAUAUGUAAUACACACUUGAAUGAAUUGUAUUAUAUAUAAAAUGAAUGAUUAUUGGUUAUUGGUUCGUUUGUUUGUUUGUUUUUUUGUGUUGACUGUAAAACAUAAAUUGAUAGAUAAGGAAGAAUAAAACAUGGACAAACUAUCAUUUACACCGGAAUUAUGGACAAAAAUAUUCAUUGUGAUCAAUAGUUUAUUUGUAGUAUUUAGUUUUAUUAUGUUUGCCUUAGGUAUUAGUGCCUUAGGUGCAUUACUUAAAUUUGGUACAAUAUUACAAUUAGCACCACCAGCAAUAUAUGGAACGGUUAUAUUUACUGGAUUACUUGGUAUGAUAGCUGCAGCUGUUGGAUUUUUUGGUUUAUGGAAAAAAAUGAAAAUUAUCGCCUUUGUGCAUAUGAUUAGUUUAGGUAUAGCAACAUUGAUGAAUAUAUGUAUCGGUAUUGCAGCAGCAGCAACUCAAGAUAAAUAUAAAACAGAUGCUCAACAAUCAUUACUCAGUUCUAUUUCAAGUUAUAAUCAAAGUCAAUAUUCAUCGGAAUUCGAUAAGUUACAUACUACUUUCUAUUGUUGUGGAGCUAAUUCAUACAAAGAUUUUAAAACGUAUAACAUGAAGAUACCACCGUCUUGUAGAGUUGGUGAAUUGACCUAUGCAACAGGUUGUAUUGAAGAAGUAACUGGCUUUGCACAAAGUUAUUCAACUGUAUUAAUAGCGUUAUGUUUUAUCACAGCUAUUCUUCAAGGUGCCUAUUUGGGUAUUUCAAUUUGGAUGAUUCGUAAAUCGGAUGAUGGAGUAGCUUUCGCUGCAUAAACAUUGUAUUGAAGAGAAAAAAAAAGUUUCAUUUCGUUUUGGUUUAAACAAUUCAAAAACAGACUUCAUUUCUAAUAAGAUACCAUUUACUACUUAAUGAAUUCACUGAAGAUAAUAAAGAAAAACUCACAAAAAUAUCACUUUUUUAAAAAAUUCUCAUUCGAUAUUGAUUCGGACACCUUUUCUAGGCUGAACACAUUCAUAGCGGGUUGAUUGUUUCUUAGUAAAAACAAAAAAACACACAACAACAACUGAUCUUAUCAACAAUAAAUGUGAAAUGGAUGGUAUUUAUUAUUCUAUCUAUCAAUCUACUGAUGAUUGAAUACUAUUAUCAUUCACUAUAUCAUUACUACAUAUUCAGUGAAUCUUGGUAAAUACUGUGUCAUUAGUAUUUCUAAGUUGUCAUAGUAACCAUAUGUAACCAUUUGAUUGAAAAUACCUUUUAAUAUAUAUGAAUCUAAGAGAAUUACCGAACAUAUCGAUCAGGGUUUUUCUUCAAAUGUUUUCUGUGACAUAUUUAUCAUUUCUAUUUACUUUUAUUUUCUCUGGUUAACGUUUUAUUUUCUAACGAGUUAGUUUUUCUACUAGGAUGGGGUCGCUAAUUCCAUACCCAAUCCUUCUCGUUUAUCUAAGCUUAGGAUUGGCAGUAAUCUUGGAGAGACUCCAAGCAGAGUUAUUUCUACUUACUUACAGUAUAAUAAGUCUAGCAUAUAUUGUCUUAUAACUCCGUCUGGAGCCCCUCUGGCCUUAUUGCCGUUCCCAAGACCUGAUAAAGGAGGAGGGUUGGGCAU